AUGGACACCUUCCGGGCUCCCUCAUGGAGUUUCCUUGUAGAGUCUGGCUUGGAGUCCUGGAAGGAAGCCAUGGUUCAUCGUCCAGGCAGCUGCAGCAGCAGCAGCAACAGUGGAGACUGGAGCUAGGACCUGACCAGUCUUCUCCAUCCAUUCCAUCACCCCUGCUGCCCCACUGAAGCAGCCCACUUUCUGUUUGGGGAGUCCACCCUGAGAAAAAGCAAGGAGGCAGAGCCAGAGCAGAGUGAUGGCAAGGAGGACUUCCACUACACAGAGCUUUAUGCUGGCAUGGACAUGCUGUCUGAUGGGUUGUUCAGCCAGACCCCAGUGUCUCAUAUCGUCUCCAUGCUACUCACCUUUCCUCAUCUGGAGCUCCCAGAGUUGCUGGAGCCCCUAGCUCUUCCCAACUUGUUACAGCGCUUAACUUUGUCUCUACCUCCCAAGCUCAGCUGUUCACAGGCAUGCCACAGUGACCAUGCCUAUCAGCCAAGUGAGACCACAGAUAGAGUUGUAAAGGUCUCAGCUGACAAUUCUCCAUACCCCCUGCAUGUCCCCUCCAGGAAGCCCCGGGUAGGUGCCAAAAAGUGCCAGAAAGUAUGUGGCAUGGACCCGUGGUGCACAGCUUGCUGCUGGAAGAAAGCCUGCUAGCAAUUCCUGGACUGAGCCAGUCUGUGAUGCUACUGCCUGGCGUUCUCACUCCUAGCCUGAACCUACAGCACACCUGUGGUGGGAUGUGGCUCCUGGAGGUGGAGGGGUGACUGAAUACUCAGAGCGCCUUGGAAGACACCAAAAGCCAAACUGCCUGUUGUCCUUUGGCUUCCGGGGCAGUUGGCCUCCCUGUCUGUCACUUACCUACUUGUUGACAUGUCAGUGGACCCUGCUAGAGCCUGUUUACGAGGUACUUUGAGAGGGGUCAAGGAGUAGAGUCUCAUGCUCACAUUUAAGGUAGUGAUCCCAGGACGGUGGGGCUGACAUUUUACCAUGUUAAUGAAGCUCAGGUGUCUUAUAUCUUGGCCAAAGGAGUUGAGAAAAAAAUAAAAUUUGUGGGGAUUGUU